AUGGCAAUAGAUCCUGAAGUAAGUUUUCUCGAAAAGGAUUGCAAAGAAAAACGUGAAGAAGGCCAACUGAAUAAAUGUAUAAGAAUUGGUGCAGCCGUUAUGGGAAUGGUUAGACUUGUAGCUAUGAUUCUAGAAGCUUCUUUUGUAUGGCAAGUGCUCAGAAGUUAUAUACUAUUUGUUAAGUCUGGAUACAGAGGAAGGACAGAUAUUCUCAAGAAAAACCCUUCUUAUCGCGGCCUCAUAGGCCGUUCACGUUACUGCAUUCUUCUGGUGCUACUCUGCGUUGACAUCGAUAUUACUAAUCAUAUUCGAAGAAGAAUCGCCGCACAAGCUGAAGAGCCGCCACCAUCGCCCACAUGUAUAGACAAUAAUAUUGAGAAACUGAUCUACGUAGCUUUCGCAGUCAGUUUUAUUACUCAAGUUGCUGCCUCAGUUGUAUUUGCCGGUUAUAAACAAUGGGCUGUUUUCAUACCAUCGUUUGCUCUGGUGAUAAUAUUUCACAUAAUAUUUUUUGUUGGAAUGCGAAGAGAGAUGUGGCAAGUGAUUUUAGUCACCGUUAUUUACGAGGGUAUUGCUAUACUAGCAUUGACAGCAAGCGUUCUAUGGAUGAUUGUUAUGGAAAUGGACCCUGAAAAAAGUUUUCUCAAGGAGGAUUGCAGAGAAAAACAUGAAAAAGAUAAAGACCCUAAAGACCAGAUGAAUACAUGUAUCAGAACUGGAGCAGCCGUUAUGGGAGCGCUUAGUCUUAUAGCUAUGAUUUUAAAUGCUUCUUUUGUAUGGCGAGUGCUCACUAGUUAUAUGCUACGUGUUAAGUCUGGAUACACAGAAAGGAUUACCAACUCCGUUGAUAAAGAUUUAAUGGAAAAUCCUUAUGCGCCCAGAUCAGAGCACUUGGAAAAUCCCUACGCACCCAGAUCAGAAGUAUCUGUUCGCCCAAAACUGAUACGAUCAGAUAUUGCUUCUCCUGUAUCAUCGAUAGUGAAGGAGUCCCAGGGCGGAUCAGCUCUACCCUAUGGAGGACCAUCAGCUUACGAUAAACCCUUCCCCCGUGCAAGAAAUGACUUCAUGAUGGGAGGUGCGUACCCCGCAAACUGGGGCCUCACUCAGGACCCCGACUACGCUCAAUUCCGUGGAAGAUUCACGGACAUCGAUGCUCCAACUCAGCAGUCCCCUUAUCGACUAGGAGAAAGACAGGGUUAUUCUGACCGUUUCGGGGAACCCGCAAAUGACCGGAUGAGUGAGGAGAUGCCUCGAAGUCGAGCACUUGGAUCAGGCCUACGAGAUCGGCCGCUUGCUGGGACCCUUUACGACAGGGUGGACAUUGAUGAUCAGUUAAAACGCAGUUACGAUAGUGGAUUCAAUAGCGGAGAUUACUCGGAGAGCGGUUAUCGAAGAUUGGGUAACAAGCGCAACAACGGAUACUCGCAAAACAAUGGGGAUUACGGACGAAGACUAGGAGAUGCCGAAAAUAACGAAAAUCGCCCGGAAAGGAACACAGAUUACUCGCGAAGAUUGGGAGCUUGGGAAAACGAUAUGUACCCGAGGCGUACGGAUUAUCAAAGGGAUGAAAAGAUCCUCUCCCAAAAAGUAUGCCAUAGAACGUCGUACCACAUUGGACUACCUGAAGAGUUUCCCGUCAAGAUACUAAAAUUGCGUGGACUGUAUUCAUUGUGGACAUCCGGUCAUGACAAUCUCUGCAUGCCUAGUAGGCUACGCCCAUGUAUUGAUUCUCGUGUAAACUAA